UGUGCUCGCCUGUGGUAGCGCGAGCAGAGGGUUCACCGCUACACUCAGUGAGAGGAGCACAGCGUCCACAGCUCGAGGAGGUGGGUGUGACACACAGACAGACAGCAUCAUCAUCUUUACCACCGAAUAACAGCACGCAGGGAUUGUUUACUCCGUCUCUAAAUUGACCUGCAACUCACUCUAAAGAUGGCAGCUCUCGAAGAUAUCCAAGUGAAGGAGCUCGACAAGCGUGCCUCUGGCCAAGCCUUUGAGGUCAUCCUGGGUGCUCCUGCCCCAGAUGCCAAGGGCGAAUUCCCCCUGUCGCCUCCCAAGAAGAAGGAUGUCUCGCUGGAGGAAAUUCAAAGGAAGCUGGACGCUGCGGAGGAGAGACGCAAGAACCAUGAAGCCGAGGUUCUGAAGCACUUAGCUGAGAAGCGCGAGCAUGAAAAGGAAGUGCUCCAGAAGGCUAUGGAGGAGAACAACAACUUCAGUAAGAUGGCAGAGGAGAAGCUCAAUCAGAAGAUGGAGGCCAACAAAGAGAACCGCACAGCACUUAUGGCAGCUAUGAAUGAGAAAUUCAAGGAGAAGGACAAGAAGUUGGAAGAGGUGCGAAAGAACAAGGAAACCAAAGACGGCACUGAAGAAGACUAAAGGCUGCAAACAGGGGAUUGUAUAGGGUUUUUUACGUAUCCAAAGAUUGAUUUAUUUUUUGUUUGGCCAGUAUUUUUGUUGUGUUCACUACCCACCUUUUUUAAAAUACAUCCAAGUUCCACUUUGUGAAUUUUUCAAUUCUCCCGCUAUAAGUGUAUUUGCGCUGUGGAUCAUUUCCCCCACUUGUUGAGUCUAUUCCAUUUGAUAUGUAGCUUGUCAGUGCAGCUUCUGCCCUUUUUGAAAUUAGCAGUGUGUACUUAUCCUUUUUGAGGAAGCAUGUUUCUAUGCAUAGGUCUUUUAUCCCUGCCUAUUUCAUAGUGAAUAAUGUCCCUGUGAACCACACCUGUUCUCGGCACUUAACUGUAUAUUAAAAUAAAAAGACGUAGCACAAGGUUUGAUCAAGGCGUUGGCUGUUAUACAUGCAGGUGUUUAGUGCGGCUUUGCUACCCAGAUUUUGCUAGUUUGCUGUUUUCGUGCCGCUGCUGAUUCUUCGCUUUUGUAAAAAUAUUGGGUUGUUUUCAAAGCACAUAACUUCUUGCUGUAUAGCUGUGAAUUAACAUGCCAGACAUGGAAAUGGAUGCCAUCUUGAACAUCACAGAACAGGGGGUCUACACAUGGAAUGCAAACGAGCAAUACACUUUGGCAUCUCAAUAGAUACAGUGGCUAGUUGACUUGAACUGUUGUACUAAAACAAAUAAAAAAAUGUAAACACACUG